AUGUUAAGAGCACAAGUAAGAGCCGUUUUUCGGGGCAAUAAUCGACUCCCACAGCUGAGGAGGAUUCAUACGACUCCCGAUAUCGUCGAAACACUCAAAACUGCGCCCAAAUAUGACGUUGUUGUCGUUGGAGGAGGCCAUGCGGGCUGUGAAGCCAGUGCAGCAGCAGCUCGGUCUGGAGCUCGAACACUGCUGGUGACGCCCAAAUUCGACAAUAUCGGUACCUGCUCAUGCAAUCCCAGUAUCGGCGGAAUCGGCAAAGGAACACUGGUUACCGAGGUCGAUGCCAUGGACGGUCUCAUGGGGAGGGUGGCGGACAAGGCUGGUAUCCACUUCAAGAUGCUCAACCGAAGUCGUGGCUUUGCCGUGUGGGGUCUGCGAGCCCAGAUCGACCGAAAAAUUUACAAGAAGGAGAUGCAACAGCUCAUCAGAGACUAUCCCAACUUAGAGGUUCUGGAGGGCACCGUGGAAGAUUUAUUGACCACCCCUGAGGCGACUCCUGAUGCUGUUAAGAGCUACGGAAGCAUUGCGGGACUCACUCUCGAGUCGGGUGAGACUAUCAAUACCGAAAAGGUUGUUAUUACCACUGGUACUUUCCUCGGAGGAGAGAUCCAUAUUGGUCUGGAGGCUUAUCCUAGUGGUAGAAUGGGCGAAAAGGCUACUUUCGGCAUUUCCAAUACUCUACGAGAGGUUGGAUUUAUGCUUGGACGUCUCAAGACAGGUACUCCUCCUCGAAUAGACUCCACAACUAUCGAUUACUCGACCAUGCUUCCCGAGCUCCAGGAUGAGGACCCCUUCCCCUUUUCAUACCUCAAUGACGAUGUCCCCGCCGCAAAAACCGAUGGCUCUGUGAACGAGGAAACUCCUGCCGAGCUGCGAGGACCAAACAACCACUCUGUUGUGUGCUACAAGGCCAAGACUGUCAAGGCAACUCAUGAUCUUAUCCGAGAUAACCUUGACAAGUCGAUCCACAUUCGAGAAGAUGUCAAGGGACCCAGAUAUUGUCCCAGUAUCGAAUCCAAGAUCAUCCGAUUCGCUGAUAAAGACUCACAUGUUAUUUGGGUCGAGCCCGAGGGACUGGACACCACAACUAUUUAUCCCAACGGUAUCUCCACUACUCUUCCUGCAGAGACCCAGCUCCAGGUACUCAAGACUAUUCCUGGGUUUGAGAAUGUGACUAUGACUCAGCCCGGCUAUGGAGUGGAGUACGAUUACGUUGAUCCCCGAGAGCUGAAGAACACUCUCGAGACUAAGCUCGUCCAUGGUCUAUACUUGGCUGGACAGAUAAACGGAACCACAGGAUAUGAAGAGGCUGCUGCUCAGGGUAUCAUUGCCGGUUUUAACGCAGGUCUCCAGGCUCAGAAUAAGGAGCCCUUCACUAUGCGACGCUCUGACGGAUACAUUGGUGUGUUGAUUGACGACCUCAUCACCAAGGGAGUCAGUGAACCCUACCGAAUGUUCACUUCCCGCUCGGAAUUCCGAUUUUCGGUUCGAGCUGAUAACGCUGAUGAACGACUGACUGUAAAGGCAUUUGAGCGAGGUCUGGUUGAUUCUAGAAGAGUCUCCCGACUUGAGCAGCGAAAUGAGGCCAUUGCAGACAUCAAGAAAAUCUUUGAGUCGAAGAGACUUACCCCCACGGAAUGGAACGAACAGCUCGGAUACAAGGUUUUCCCUCGUCUGGUCGAAGGAAAGAUGACUGCUGCCCACAUGCUCCUUGUAAAAGGCAUUGAUGACGAUCUCCUGUUUGCCACCAUGCCUGAGCUCAGUAAGUACCCUCCUCGUCUCAUUCUUCGAGUCACCACCGAGUACAGAUACAAGAUGUACUUGGAUAAGGAACGCCAGCAGAUUGCUUCUGUCGAGAGAGAUGAAAGCCUGAAGCUUCCUGAGAACCUCGAUUACAUGUCCAUGGCGGGUCUCAAAAUCGAGUAUCGAACCGUUCUCGAUAAAGUUCGUCCAGCCACUCUCGGACAAGCUAAGCGAAUCGAGGGCAUCUCUAACAGUGUGUGUUUUUACUUGUUGAAGUAUGUUCACAAGAACAAGCAUCUGGGUGGUAAAAACGACGCGUAA